AUGUCCGGUCUACUAAGCAAACGCCAACAGGCGCGCAACGAAAAGUAUCUUCAGGACCUUGUCCAGUCGGUGUCAGGCAACAAUGUCUGCGCUGACUGUCAGGCGCGUAAUCCAGCGUGGGCAUCGUGGAAUCUUGGCAUCUUUCUCUGCAUGCGAUGCGCAGCGAUCCAUCGCAAAUUGGGUACGCACGUAUCCAAAGUCAAGUCUUUGAGCAUGGACAGCUGGUCCAACGAACAAGUCGACAAUAUGCGCAAGGUCGGUAACGCUGCAUCCAACAAAGUGUACAAUCCAAUCGGCCGAAAACCCGCAGUUCCCAUCGACGCCGACGAAGCCGAUUCAGCCAUGGAGCGUUUUAUUCGCCAAAAGUAUAUCAACUCUGCCUUUUCCAAACCUACAAACGCUGGCCGUCACCGCAGCACCGACAGCUCUGGAUCCGACGAUAUACCACCACCACUCCCACCCAAGACCCCUGGCCGUUUAAAUUCCAAAAGGCCUGGCAAACCUACUUCCAUCGUUCCCCAAAAAGCCUACGCCGACAAGGCAGCACACCGUAUAGCCACCCAAUCCAACAAUGGCGGCCAGUCUACUACCGCUUCCUACGCUGAGGCCGCUGCCCAGUGCCGUGCAAAAGUUGCACACAUCGUCAAGGAGUGUCGCCGCAUCAAUCAAAAAUACCGCGACCCACACUUUGACCUGGAACUUGAUAUUCAACUAGAUCGCCGAGACUGUCUAGAAAGUCUGUCAAAUGUCUGCAUCAUCAACUAUGGUCCUCCACCUAGCCGCAGCCGUGGGCGUCGCACACCAAGUGUUCCUCUCCAGCCAGUCUACAUUGCGCCCAACUUCAAUCCUCAGGCUGUAAAGCGUGUCCCUGACAUUUUUGACCACCCCGAGUUCUUCAUCGACGGCCCAACAGCCAACGACCCGGGGUUGAUUGAGCGUGUAUGCGUAGCACACGAUGCUACUGUUGGCGUGUAUGGAUUCGUUUUCCAUCGCGACGGCGAGUGGUUCAGCGAGAUCAUUGAUGACAAGCUAUACUUGACUAAACCGAAUUACGAUGAAAGCCGAUCAGAGCGUAAUAUGUUAGAGGACCGUGUACGCGUCAACUCGGAGGAGGCGUACCGCAAGAUCUACCAGUCUAACAGUGGUGCGCUCUACUUUGCGCAAUGCGAGAACCCAAACGAAACGUGGCUUCCUCUGCUUGAAAAGGCAUACGCUAAGGCCCACGGCGACUACGCCUCCAUCGAGGGAGGCUUCACGGGUGAGGGCAUCGAAGAUCUUACCGGGGGCGUCACUUCAGAACUUUACACAAGUGAUAUCCUAGACAAGGAACAUUUCUGGAAUGAAGAGCUCCUGAAGGUCAACGACACAUUCCUGUUUAGCUGCAGUACAGGUGUUUGGGGUAAGGGGCGAGGUGACCGCGGCGGCAUCGUAGAACAACACGCGUACUCCGUUAUGCGUGCGAUUGAAAUGGACGGUGUGCGCCUGGUUCUCCUCAAAAACUCAUGGGGCCGUCAUGAGUGGAGAGGUGCAUGGAGCGAUGGUUCCAAGGAGUGGACAGCAGACUGGAUCCAGAAGCUCAAGCAUCGUUUCGGUGACGACGGCUCCUUCUGGAUCUCAUAUGAGGACCUCCUGCGGAAAUACCAGGCCUUUGAUCGCACACGACUAUUUGGCGAUGACUGGACCACGGCGAGUAUAUGGACGACCAUGACCGUACCCUGGACACUCGAAUACAACGAUACUAAAUUUUCCUUCGCACUUGCUCGCCCAGGCCCCGUUGUCCUUGUGCUCAGCCAGCUUGACGAACGUUACUUUCGAGGGCUUGAGGGCCAGUAUUUAUUCAGCCUGAGCUUUCGUCUUCAUAAAGUCGACAAUGACAACGAAGCACAAACAAACGAGGCAGACGAUGCAUUCGACUACAUUGUCCGUAGCCAGCCAGGUUACCGCAUGUCACGCUCGGUCAGCGUUGAGGUUGACCUGGACGCUGGGCGCUACGUUGUUCUCGUUAAAAUCGACGCCCGACGCGACGAUCAAAUCUUACCCGCCGAGGAUGUUAUCCGCGACAACGUGCUCCUGCGCCGUGAAAAGCUUAUCCGUAUCGGUCUUGCGUACGACCUUGCGCAUAGCAAGGGGCGUAUCGUAGAGACGUCCUCUGAGAAAAAGGCACGCCGAGCCGCUGCUGCGAAGCGAAAAGCACGGCAGAAGGAGCGUCUCAUGAAAGAUAUUAUGGAGGAGCGUGCUCUAGACUAUCUAGCAGCAAAGAUUCGCCUUAAGAAGCAAAGAAGGGGAAUGGCCAAAGCCAAGGCAAAGCGCAAAGAUCGGGAUGUGAAACGUCGAGCGCACAUGAAGGAGGAGGAACGAUCAGCCGAGAAGCUUACUCGGGGAGAAUCCGCAGGACGAGAGACAACCAGAUCCGACCGGCACGAUGCGGAAGUACACCGUCGGUACCGCCAGGAACAAUAA